CGGAGCCAGUGGCACCAUGGCAUCGCCGAGGGACACAGCACUGCUGGCCUGCAUCCUCUUCGUCGGGGGCACGGCGCUGGUGGCGGCAGAACAACCAGAAGCAGAGACCAAAUAUGGGAGAGUCCGAGGGUACCAAUUCAAUGUGGACACAGCUGAGAGGACUGUAAACAUCUUUUUGGGACUUCCUUUUGCUAAGCCUCCGGUUGGAUCACUGAGGUUUUCUGAACCCCAGCCACCAGAGCCAUGGGAAGGUGUCAGAGAUGCCACUUCCUACCCACCAAUGUGUCUACAGAACAAAGAACAAGGACAGAUGUUUUCAGACAUGAUUACCAACAGAAAAGAAAAAGUUCGUCUCCAAGUAUCUGAGGAUUGCUUGUACCUAAAUGUGUACACACCUGUUCCUACAGGAAAACAGGAGAAGCUGCCUGUCUUAGUGUGGAUCCAUGGAGGUGGAUUAGUUUUUGGAGCAGCUUCAUCAUACGAUGGCUCAGCAUUAGCAGCCUUUGACAACGUGGUGGUUGUAACAAUUCAGUACAGAUUAGGGAUUACUGGAUAUUUUAGCACUGGUGAUGAGCAUGCCCGAGGUAACUGGGGAUAUUUAGACCAGGUAGCAGCUCUUCAGUGGAUUCAGGAAAAUAUCAUACAUUUUGGAGGAGAUCCAGAAUCUGUCACUAUCUUUGGAGAAUCUGCAGGAGGAAUCAGUGUUGGUGCUCUUGUUGUAUCUCCCCUGGCCAAGGGCUUGUUCCACAAGGCCAUUUCAGAGAGUGGUACUGUAAGCCUGGGCUUGUUCACUGACCAGCCUAAGGAGGAAGCACAAAAAAUUGCUGCUGUCGCUGGCUGUCAAAAAUCCAGUUCAGCUGCAAUGGUUGAAUGCUUGAGAGGAAAAACAGAAGAAGAACUAAUACAGGUAACACUGAAAAUGGACAUGACAACACUGCAGCUCUGCAGCAAUGACUCAUCUGGAAAGUGUGAACAGGAUUUCUUUUUCAUCAGUUCAUGUGUAGAUGGUGUAUUUUUUCCCAAGAGUCCCAGGGAAUUACUAUCUGAAAAAUCAAUCACUACGGUCCCAUACAUAAUAGGAGUAAAUAAUUGUGAAUUUGGAUGGGGACUUCCUAUGAUUAUGAAAUACCCUCCUUUUGUGGAUGGUCUGGAUAAAGAUGUUGCACAUCAAAUUUUACAGGCCAACUUGAAAAAAAUACUUAAGGGCCCUGCGUCUGAAAUUGCUGACAGAGUGUACAAGGAGUACAUUGGGGAUGCAGAGAGCCCUGCUCAGAUCCGAGAUGGCGUCCUGGAUGCAAUGGGAGAUCUCUACUUUGUCAUCUCAUCUGUGGAUGUGGCCAGACACCACAGAGAUGCUGGUAACCCAGUCUACUUUUAUGAAUUCCAACAUCGAGCAAGUUCACUGGAUGGUUUGGUACCAGCGUUUGUAAAAGCAGAUCAUGGAGCUGAGAUUCCCUUUGUCUUUGGAAAGCCAUUCUUAGCUGGAGGUGCUACAAAAGAAGAAGAUAAACUGAGCAGAACUAUUAUGAGAUACUGGACCAACUUUGCUAAAAAUGGAAAUCCCAACGGAGAGGGCUUGGUCCAUUGGCCUCAGUAUGACUUGGAGGAAAAAUAUCUGGAAAUAGACCUGGAGCAAAAGGUAGCAGAGAAACUGAAAGAACACAGAGUGGAGUUUUGGGCACAACUUAUGAAACAAAUUCAGACUGGAAGGAGAAAAUACACAGAAUUAUAAGAGCUGUGGAGGGUACAGUUCACUUUUAAAACCCAAAGGAAAGUCAAACAAAAUGAGUUUGUCAGGAUGUAGAGUAAUAAUCACCUUCUAACUCACUGUUGUGUAAUUUGCUGUCCUAAUCACAGUGAAAGGAGAAAAACAAGGGAUACUCAGAAUGUUUGUUGGACUAAAAAUCACUUUUUGAUGGGACAAGCAGAAAAAGACCCCACAAUCUUUCCAGGUCCAAACAGACCAUGGUACCUACUCAGUGCAUAUCAAAACUUAGUAAUGAGGUUGGAAUGGGCAAAUGAAUUGAAAUCUGUAAGAAAUUAUCUAUACAUAAUAUACCAUAAAUGUCAAACUAUUUUAUAUGCUUAUUCCCCUCUUCUUUCAGAAGAGCAUGGUCAGUUGUCCUUCCUAGAGCCUCUUGCUGCUUUCUUUAACUGGAAAUAGCUUGUAGGCAGCAGAGCACCCACCAAACUACAUCUGUGAGGUGGGUUUGCCAUCUCACAAAAGAGGACAGAAAAUCUCUACUUGUUUUAUUGGUUUGUGAAUUGUCACAAAUAAAUGUUGCUUUGAUUUUUUGGAACUUCCUUUUCUUCCACUUGAGUAACAGAGGCUAAUUCCCAGAGGUUAAGUCACACCCAAGAAGCCAGAAAUGUGCCCAGUUUCUUUCUUCCACUUAAACGCUUCCAGGUAUGAGUCUUUUGGGUUUCUGUGCAAGACCUGAGGCUUAAGGCUCUUUCACAAACUCUUCUGGGGUAUGACUCUGUGUCCUUCAACCCUUCCUGACAAAUUCCCAGUGCAGUGCUGGCAGGACAGACCAUGCAGGCAGAGCAGGGAGCAAAGGCUGGCGGUGUUCCCUGCACGAGAGAAGAUCUGCUGGCAUGCAGUGUGCACCCCCAGCCUCCCACAGCUGUGCAAGACUCAGGACACACACAGUCACCUGGCUUUCUUGCCAAGUUACACGACAAGCAGGACAAAAAGGGACAAUGUGGGAAUCCGGGAAGGCAGGAGAGCUCUCCUCAUGACCAAAAACAAAGAGCCCUACUCCAGCUACCCCUGUAACUGGUGCCCCAUAUCCCACACAUCCCAGGGGGCUCUCACAGGGACACCCAAGCUCCUGCUGCAGAUGUUGAUCCUUUGUAGGUGUUUUCUUCUUCCUCCUCACCUCUGGCUUCACUUGCUUUUGCAAGUGGAUCUCAAGCAGUGUGAUCUGCACUACCCUUUUAUGCAUUUUCCAUAACCUGUGAAACCCACCAGGUAUUGCAAUUAGUAACAGCUAAUUGCAGCAACCAUACUGCUACUUCUGUCACACAUUUCUUCCCUUGCUUUGGUCUGGCACAGCCUUUAUGUCCGUUAUUGGUGUGUUCGUUGCAUCAAUGUGUCUGUCUUGUACAUUCAUAAAAAAUAUCUUAACAAGACAGAAGAAAUCCUGUGUCUUUGGGAAUGCAAAGCCAUAAGUAUAACUCCUGUGUAGAAGGGAGGUAUUUUAUUAGGCACACAUAAUCACAAAGCAGUUUCUGACUGUGUGAGAGGAAGUGUUCUGUCCAUCUGUGGAUUUUAAACCCCAGAUAUAAAGACUGGUACGCUGUCAAACAUUUGAGAAAGGAAUAACACCAUGGCCACAAUGUAUAAGCUACAUUUAAGCAGCAGAUUCUGACAUUAUGUUCCAAACCUCAUUUUAUUUUAUAGCUUUAGUGUUCACAGCAGUUCCCAGCUGCAUCUAUAUUUGAAGAAAUUCUUAUCAGUGUUCUGUUUUUCAU